UUCAAAAACAGAAUUUACAAACGUAAUGUGGUCAUGUACAACAAAUAGUUGUCAAGCUGCCAUUGGUCUCUCUCCAAGGCUCAAAAUAAAACGUAAAACACAAUUCACCUCUUCCCCUGUUCCAUACUUAGAGAGAGAAAAAGAAAAGCAAAAGACGAGACUUUUGCAGAGAGACCAGAGAGGGUGGGAGAGAGAGAGCUCCAUGAUGAUCAGAAGGAACUUGUGGCUCGUCAAGAUCCUCGUCUUCCUCUUUGCCUUGAACUCUCUGUCUUUUUACUUCUACUUCUCCUCUAACUCCAAGCCAUUCACUUCUCACCAGUCCCAUUACCAGAAUCCACAAUCUGUAACAGUAAACCGCUUACCUUUGACGGAAAACCACCGUUUCCAAAACCACCCUCGGUAUUCCAAGCCCUGGCCGAUUCUCCCUUCUUAUCUUCCUUGGUCCCAGACACCUGAUGUUCCGUUUCGCUCCUGCGAGGCUUAUUUCGGCAACGGGUUUACCCGCCGGGUCGAUCUCCUCCGUCCGGAAAAGACCCAUGCCGGUUGGUUCCGAUGCUGGUUCAGCGAGACCUUGCGGAGCUCCGUGUGUGAGGGAGGAAGCGUAAGGAUGGCGCCGGAGAGGAUUAGGAUGUCCGCCGGAGGUGAGAGUUUGGAGGAGGUGAUUGGGAGGAAGGAGGAGGAGGAGUUGCCGGUGUUUGAAGACGGAGCUUUUGAGAUUGAUGGUGGUGCUGGGUCUGAUGGAGAGACGAGUAGGCUCGCGACACAAGACUUUCUGAAUGAGUAUGUUCCGGAAGGUGAGGUUUCCAGACACACCAUGCGGCAAUUGAUCGGGUCGGUUCGGGUCGUGCCGGCCGACAAGUUCGAAUGCCAUGAGUGGGUUGAGGAGCCAACUCUUUUAAUUACACGUUUCGAGUAUGCAAAUCUUUUUCACACCGUUACAGAUUGGUAUAGUGCUUAUGUAGCUUCAAGAGUGACUGGUUUGCCUAAUCGACCUCAUUUGGUCUUUGUAGAUGGCCACUGUUCGGCACCUUUGGAAGAAACAUGGAAUGCAUUGUUUUCUAGCCUAAGAUAUGCAAAAAACUUUACUGGACCUGUGUGUUUUCGCCAUGCUAUUCUCUCUCCUUUGGGAUAUGAGACUGCAAUGUUCAAAGGGCUGACUGAAGAAAUAAAUUGCAAUGGUGCAUCCGCACAAGAUCUGUGGCAAAACCCUGAUGAUCAUCGAACUGCCAGAUUAUCUGAGUUUGGAGAAAUGGUCCGAGCUGCUUUUGGAUUACCAGUGCAUAAACAUCGUGCUGAAAAGCCAGUUUCAGGGCAUAAUGUCCUCUUUGUUCGACGUGAAGAUUAUUUAGCCCAUCCACGUCAUGGUGGUAAAGUUGAGUCGAGACUGAGUAAUGAAGAAGAAGUGUUCAAUUUCUUGAAGAGCUGGGCUUCUAAUCAUAAGGAUUGCAAAAUAAACCUUGUGAAUGGAUUGUUUGCUCACAUGUCAAUGAAGGAGCAAGUCCGGGCCAUUCAAGAUGCUUCAGUUAUUAUUGGUGCUCACGGUGCCGGUCUUACACACAUAGUGUCUGCAAUGCCCAAAACAGUGAUUCUUGAGAUUAUUAGCAGUCAAUACAGACGGCCACAUUUUGCAUUGAUUGCCCACUGGAAAGGGUUGGAAUAUCACGCUAUUAAUCUUGAUGGAUCAUAUGCAAAUCCGCCAACUGUUGUUGACAAGCUUAGGAUGAUCAUGAGAAGCCUCAGAUGCUGAAUGCUAUUUGGUUUUGGUUAAAAGAGUCCAUCUAAUUGCUGGGAAGUGGAAUGAACUGAUCGCAAAGCAUCUGGGUUUCAGUAUUUGUUUGUGGACUACCAUUAUUUUUGUGCUCCUUUUAUGGGCAUAUGAUGAGAUUUCAUUUGAGAGAAGACAUAAAUUUCUUGCAACUGAAUUUAACUUUCCAGUGGUUGGGGUCAUCCUGUUGGUGACUUGAGAUAUGCUGUUUGAACAAUGGUAUGGAGAGAAAAGAGGGUGCCCUUGGUUUGUGGAGUCUCGCGGAUGGCUAAAAACGACAAAUGGAAAUCAUCGGCUUUACUGUGGGUACGCAAUGCUAGCUUUCUUGACACCUAUGACACUUUUUUUUUUUUGGUUGAUAUUCUAUGCCUUUGGGAAGUGGCUGAUGAUGGAUAGAAGCAUUCAUACUGAUUUUUAGUUAGUUAUAGUUACAAACUCCCACAUUGUACAAUUGAUGUAGAAUGUAUUAAAGUAUAAUUCAAUGGAAAACCAAUAAACUGUUAUUUUGAAUUAACAUAACUCAUAUUUAUGUUUA